CUUGACUACACCCUUUUUCAGAAAUCAGUGAGUAAGAACUGCUGGGAGUAGCCACCUAUUUAAGGAAUAAAUGAAGAAGCAGUGAUAAAGUUUUAAUCAUUGCACUAGACAAAAAAGAGAACUGUGCUUGAUUGUGUUUCCAGAGUACUUUUUCUAAUUUUCCUGACAGUGAAAUGAGAAUAAAACAGAUAAGUGUGUAUCAGCAAACUCAAGCACUUCUGCGCAAGAAUUUUCUUAAAAAAUGGAGAAUGAAGAGAGAGAGCUUAUUGGAAUGGGGCAUCCCAGUACUGGUAGGAGUAUAUUUGAGUUUGUUUUCAUAUUUUGGAGAAAAUAUUCAUUUUCAUGAAAAGCCUCCUCAGGAUCUGGGACGGGUAGAUAAAUUUAAUAUGUCUUCUACAAUGAUUGUAUACACACCAGUCUCUAAUAUAACCCAACAAAUAAUGAAUAAAACAGCAGCUGCUCCCUUUAUGAAAGGAACAAAAAUCAUUGGGGUACCAAAUACAACAUACAUGGAUAAGAUACUUCUGGAGAAUUUGCCAUAUGCUGUGGGAAUCAUCUUUAAAGACAGUUUCUCUUACAAGUUAAGAUUUUUUCUAGGCUAUGCAGCUCCAUUUUUGGAAGAAGAGUUUUCAGCUCAUUGCUGGGAAACAUAUGAUGACUUUUCGUGCAUAUUGUCCAGAUACUGGAAUAGAGGAUUUGUGACUUUACAAACGCUCAUUAACUCUGCUAUUAUAGAAAUCACAACAAAUCAUUCUGUGAUGGAGGAGCUGAUGUCAGUUACUGCUAUAAAUAUGAAGACAUUGCCUUUUAUUUCUAAAGACUUUCUCCAAAAUGAAAUAUUUAUUUUAGUCUGCUUGCUUUAUUUCUCCCCAAUUAUGUAUUUUGUAUCACUUGAUAUUACAAAAGAAAGAAAGAAGUCCAAGGAUUUGAUGAAAAUGAUGGGUCUGCAAGAUUCAGCAUUCUGGCUCUCCUGGUGCUUAAUCUAUGCUGGUUUCAUCUUCAUUAUUUCCAUAUUCAUUGCGACUGUCAUAACAUCCAGUGAAAUCAUAGUCAUGACCGGCUUCCUCGUCAUAUUUACACUCUUUUUCUUAUUUGGCUUCUCUUUGAUAGCUUUAGCAUUCCUGAUGAGUGUUUUGCUACAGAAGGCCGUCCUCACCAAUUUGCUUGUGUUUCUCCUUACCCUUUUUUGGGGGUGUAUGGGAUUCACUGCAUUUUACAGACAACUUCCUUCAUCUCUGGAGUGGAUUUUGAGUAUUUGUAGCCCCUUUGCCUUUACUUCUGGAAUGACUCAGAUUAUUCGCCUGGAUUAUAACUUGAAUGGUGUGAUUUUUCCUGAUCCUUCAGGAGACUCAUAUAUAAUGAUAGCAACAUUUUCCAUUUUGUCUUUUGAUGGUCUUCUCUACUUGUUAUUAGCAUUAUAUUUUGACAAAAUCUUACCCUAUGGGAAUGAGCGCCAUUAUUCUCCAUUGUUCUUUCUGAAUUCCUCAUGUUCCCAACACCAAAGGAUUAAUAAUAAGGUUCUUGAGAAAGAUGAGGAUCCUGACCCUCCCUCUGAUGAUUAUUUUGAACCCAUAGCUCCUGAAUUCCAAGGAAAAGAAGCCAUCAGAAUCAGAAAUGUUAAAAAAGAAUAUAAAAGAAAGUCUGGGAAAUUGGAAGCAUUGAAAGACUUGCACUUUGACAUAUAUGAAAGUCAAAUCACAGCAAUUCUGGGUCACAGUGGAGCUGGCAAAUCUUCACUACUAAACAUCCUUAAUGGAUUGACUAUUCCAACAGAAGGAUCAGUCACCAUCUAUAACAAAAAUGUCUCUGAAAUGAAAGAUUUGGAGGAAAUCAGAAAGAUAACUGGUGUUUGUCCUCAGUAUAAUAUUCAGUUUGACACACUCACUGUGAAGGAAAACCUCAGCCUGUUUGCUAACAUAAAAGGGAUUCAUCCACAGGAAGUGGAACAAGAGGUACAACAAAUUUUAUUGGAAUUGGACAUGCAAAAUAUUCAGGAUAACCUUGCUGGAUAUUUAAGUGAAGGACAGAAAAGAAAGCUGACCUUUGGUAUUGCCAUUUUAGGAGAUCCUCAAGUUUUGCUCUUGGAUGAACCAACUGCUGGGUUGGAUCCAUUUUCAAGGCAGCAAGUGUGGAGCUUCCUGAAGGAACGUAGAGCAAAUCAUGUGAUCCUCUUCAGUACCCAGUUUGUGGAUGAGGCUGACAUGCUAGCUGAUAGGAAAAUGAUCAUGUCCAGUGGGAGACUGAAAUGUGCAGGCUCUUCUGCUUUUUUGAAGAGAAAGUGGGGUCUUGGAUAUCACUUAAGUUUAUAUAGGAAUGAAACAUGUGAUCAAGAGCAAAUUACAUCCUUCAUUAAUCAUCACAUCCCUGAUGCCAAAUUAAAAACAGAAAACAAAGAAAAGCUUGUGUAUACUUUGCCUUUGGAAAGGACAAAUAAAUUUCCAGACCUCUUCAGUGAUCUGGAUACAUAUUCUGACCAGGGUAUGAUCAGUUAUGACAUCUCCAUGUCAAACCUGAAUGAAGUCUUUAUGAACUUGGACAGAGAAUCAACUAUCAAACAAGACUUUGAACAAUCAGAAUUGAGAAGAAACUCAGAAAGCCUAAAUGGAACGGAGUCAGCUUACCCUUCCUUUCCUGAACUGCAAAAGGCUGUGAGUGACAUGGGCCUCUGGAUAAUGCAGGUCUGUGCAAUAGCACGGCUCCGUUUCCUAAAGUUAAAACGAGGGAGAAAAGUACUUCUGACUCUGCUGUUGAUAUUUGGAAUUGCAUUAUUCCCUUUGACUUUGGAACAUAUAAUAUAUACUAUGUUACAUCAAAAUUCCGAUUGGGAAUUUAAGGCAGAAUUGUAUUUCUUGUCUCCUGGACAACUUCCUCAGGAUCCCCGCACCAGCCUAUUGAUCAUCAAUAACACAGAAUCAAAUAUUGAAGAUUUUAUACAAUCAUUGAAGCAUCAAAAUAUACUUUUGGAAGUUGAUGACUUUGCAAACAGAAAUGGCACUGAAGGUCUCUCAUAUAAUGGAGCUAUCAUAGUUUCUGGUAAACAAAAGGAUUAUAGAUUUUCAGUUGUAUGCAACACUAAGAGGCUACACUGUUUUCCUGUCCUGAUGAAUAUCAUCAGCAAUGGGCUACUUUAUAUGCUUAAUUAUACACAACAUAUUCGAAUUGAGAGAAGUCAGUUUUUUUUGAACCAUGUAAUGAUAUGGAUCGGGCUGCCAGAAGGUUCCUUUUUCUUAUUUUUUAUUGUGUGCAGCAUUUCUCCUUACAUUGCCAUGACUUCUACCAGUGAUUAUAAAAAGAAAGCUGAUAUCCAGCUAUGGAUUUCAGGCCUCUAUCCUUCUGCUUACUGGUGUGGGCAAGCAAUAGUGGAUAUUAACCUCUACAGUUUAAUUCUCCUUUCAACGUAUUUAAUCUUCUACAUAACAAAGAUAAUGGACAUUGACCUUACAAGUCGAAUUGUGCUUGCUACAGUAAGUAACACAUUACAAAGGACAAAUUUUAUAAAGUAACUAAAAAUAAAUUUAAUGUUACUGUUUUAUGUAAUUGUGAUGAUGUCAUUGUAAACCAUAAAACA